AUGGAUGGAGGCACUACUACAAUCAGAAACCCAGAAACUAAUGAAGUGAAAGAAUUCGCAUUCGAUUACAGUUAUUGGUCACAUGAUGGUUUUGAUGAAGAAGCAAAUGGUUACAUGAGACCUUCAUCUGAUUCAAAUUAUGCUGAUUAAGACAAAGUUUUUCAAGAUUUGGGUAUAUAAGUCUUAGAUAAUGCCUUCGACGGCUAUCAUACCUGUCUGUUUGCUUAUGGGCAAACCGGUUCUGGUAAAAGUUAUUCUAUCGUCGGUUAUGGUAAUAACAAAGGAAUUAUUCCAAGAGCUUGUGAGGAAAUUUUCAGAAGAAUUCACGAGAAAGAGGCUGAUCCAUAGAAUAACAUACAGCAUGAAGUUACUCUGAGUAUGAUCGAAAUUUACAAUGAAUGUGUCUAAGAUCUUCUAAUCAAGCCUAAUUAAAGACCAAAGGGAGGCCUUAACGUCAGAGAACAUCCUAAAUUCGGUGUGUAUGUUGAAAACAUGAGCAAAGUUCCAGUUAUCAGUUAUGAUGAAAUUCAACAGCAAAUCGAUGUAGGGACAAACAACAGAACCAUUGGAUCAACUAAUAUGAAUGCUACGAGUAGUAGAGCUCACACUAUAACGACAUUGACUUUCAAGUAGAAGUUCUUUGAUAAGGAAAGUGGAAAGCCUUUAAAUGAAAAAUUAUCUGAGAUUAACUUAGUCGAUCUAGCUGGUUCUGAAAGAGCUGCAUCAACUGGCGCUCAGGGUGAUAGACUCAAAGAAGGAUCUAAUAUCAACAAAAGUCUUAUGAUCUUGGGUAAAGUUAUUUCUACUUUAGCCGCCAAGAGUAAAGGUGGUCCUGUAGUAGUACCUUACAGAGAGUCCAAAUUGACUUUUAUUUUGAGAAAUGCCUUAGGAGGAAACUCUAAGACUGCUAUGAUUGCUGCUCUCUCUCCUGCAUCAGUGAAUUAUGAUGAAACUUUAAGUACAUUAAGAUAUGCUUGGCAGGUCAAGAGUAUUAAAAAUGAAGCCAAAGUCAAUGAGAGUCCUUAGGAAAAACUUAUCCGUGAGUUAAAGGAAGAAAAUGAAAGACUCAAGAAACUAGCCCAAAUGGGAGGUGGCGGAGGAGUCGGCGGUGGAGUAGAUCCAGCUAUGUUAGAAGAGUUUGAGCAAAAUAAAAGAAUGCUUGAUUAAAUCAAAUAAGAAAGAGAAGAAUAUGAAAGAAGGCUCAAAGAAAAAGAAGCUGAACAAGAGGUAAGAUAGAAGGAAGAAGAGGAAUUGAGAAAUAAACCACAUCUUAAAAAUAUCAAUUAAGAUCCUAUCAUGAGUGGGAAAAUCAAAUGUGUAUUUAAAGAUGGUAUGAACUCUGUUGGUAAAAGGGAUCCUAAUGGAGAAGUCGCUUUACAGCUUGCUGGAGCAGGUAUAGUUAUCAAGCACUGCUAAAUUUAAUAUGACGAUGAGACCAGAGCUUCAUAUAUUCUUCCAAACGAGGAAGAUCCACAAAAGAACAAAACCUGCGUUAAUGGAGAACUUCUAUUAGAAUAAGUUUAACUCCAGCAUGGUGAUAGAGUCUUAAUUGGCUCUCAUCACUAUUUUAUCUAUUGUGAUCCUGAUAUUAAUCCGGAGGAGAUGAUUGAGUGGGAGGAUGCAAUGAAAGAAGCCAAUAAAGAGUAAUUAAUGAUUAAUGAGACUAACAAUGAGGAAAUUUAGAAAUAACUUAAAGAUAUGGAGGAAAAGCUCUAAAAGGAAAGAGAAAUCAAGGAAAAGGAAUAUGAGGAGUAAAGACUGAAGCUAAUGUAGGAAAGGGAAUAAAUGGAGAAAGACAUGCUAGAGAGAUAGCAGCAGUUACUGUAAUCAAAGAAUGAAGAGACCUAAAAAUAAAUGCAAGAAGAGAUGGAAAAGGCUAAAAUUGAAUUCUAAAAGAAACUAAAGGAAUAAGAAGAUCAGCUUCAGAGAUAACAAGAGGAAGCAGCAACUGAAUUGGAAAGGAUACAAAAGAAAUAGAUCCAAGAUCAAUAAAGAGUGCUUUAAAUGAGAGAAAUAGACGCCAAACUUGCUGAGAUUGUUCCUAAGAUUGCUGAAGUUAACAAUAUCUGCCAAGAAUUAAAGAGAGGCGAUUACUACUAUGAACCUGCAAUCACAACAGAAGUGCUGAAUGACGGUAGAAAGGUAUCUAGAGUCGUAUGUAAAGUCUAUCCUAAUAGAGGCAACAAGGAUAUCUUCAACAUUCUUUAAUUCGAUAAAUUUGAUGAGGUCUAUUUCUAAAUCAAGGACAAAUAUGACAAUAUAAUGGGAGAUGAUGUCGAUGAGACUGAAUUGCUUGAGGAGCUGAAAAAUGACAACAGAGAAUCAGACGGCGAAGUAUUUGGUCUAUCGAUGGAUAAUGACUGGUAAUUGAUAGGCUUUAUGUAUUAUUUCCUUGUAAGUGUAGUCAAUCUAGUUGAAACUAAGAAUGAUGAAUCUCCAAUUAUUGAUAAUAAAGGUAGCAUUCAAGGGAAAAUGAGUUAUAACGUUGGGCUAGAAAUAUAUGAGCAAGAUGAGAAAAAGCAAUUGAACAUCCUAAAGUAUAACAGUUUAAGCGAUGUGAUAGGCAAAAAGCUUAAGCUAAUAUUGGAUUUGAAAAAAGCAAUAGAUUUGCCUGAAAAACUGACCCAUGAAAUGCAAUGCAGAUAUCAAUGGCUUGAUGAGGAUAAGACAUAAUUUGAAACUAAAGUAGUUGAUGAAAAGACUAGAAAUCCGGUGUUUGGCUAUAAAAAUGAGCAUAUAAUUGAAAUUGAUGAGGACUUAAUUGGCUAUAUGGUAGAGAAUACUUUGACUAUUGGAGUAUAUGGCAAAGUAGAGCCCAAGAAAAAAUAACAAAAAUAAGAUCUUUCCUUAAAUCAAAGUUAGCAAAUGAGCAAUUAACUUUAAAUGAUUUAAGAGGAAAAUGAAGAUGAAAUGAAUAUAUCUCCAAGUAAAAGCAGAAAUGAAGCAAAUAUGUCUAAACUAUCAUCACAGUAGAAUGAGAAAGUUAUAAUUACUCCUCGAGGAAUGUAGAAGAAUGAAAAUUCCCUUAAUAAGGAUUGGGAAAUAGAAAAACUCAAAAGGGAGAAGCAGAAACUAGAAGAAGAACUAAACAAAAUUAGGUCAGGAUAAGGGAGUUCUCCAGCUAUGGUUCAAAAAGCAGCUUGCUGCCAAAUCUACUGA